GGCAUGUCCAGGGAAUGGUCGACGAUGCUGCAGAUGGCGACGACCGUCGACGGGAUCUGCGGCAAUGCUAAGUGGCCCGCCCUCGUCUUCGACAGCUACCAGAGCGCUCGCGACUGGAUGGUGGAUGUGACACCGCUCGAGAAUCUGAAGCCCGUGCUGGACGUUGAGGACUGCGUGCUCUUCUACUUUGGCCGGUGCAGCGGCCAACCAGUCACUCGGCCAGAGGAUGUUCUCCACAUUGCCAUCAUGCCAAGGGCUCGCGCCAGUUUGUCCGCAUUCACGCCUUCUGUCGAUAAUGUGGACCCGUUGCUGGCGCUGGCGUUCAAGGAAGCUCGUGAAUUCGCCGAUGCCACGUCAAAGUUGCGCGCGAUGGAAGCUCUUGUUCGAUUCAUUAUUCAAGAUUCGUCCUACGCAUUGCCCGGCGACGAUGAAGAGGACAACACCGUCGACUGGAACGAGAUCUUCGAGUCGCUGUGGUACAUGCUCGAAGCCGACGGGUGGGGCGUGCUGAAUUUUAACGACAAGCUGGCGUAUUCCAUUCCGUCCGUGGACUUUUCAACCUUCGAAGUUGGGAAAACCGUGCUGCAAUCCAAGAGGCUGGCUUUGAAGAAAGCGAUCGAGUAUUAUGCAUCCACCAGCUGCCCCACGAGCGACGCGUUGUGGGAUGCCGUGUGGACCCAAAUGGAACAGCGCAAGCAGUCCCGCAUGAUGCUUAUGCAGAGGAUCCCGUGCUUCUUGACCCCGCUAGUCGACGACUUGAGCCAACUCGUUCCCGGGGAGACCAUGUUUUCCACGAAGAAGGACGCGGUGCUGCAGUUCUCUCGUCGCAUUCCAGACUCGACCCCGAAGAAGAAGCCCAAGCGUGUUCUGUUGCCACCUUCGCCCGUAGCACCAACGCACCCGACGACGAACAACGAGACUACAGUGGUGCUCGACGACCAAAGAAUGACAGAGCCUGCCGUCGCGCCGCGGCGAACGCUGAAGCGCAAGAUGCCCCUCCAGCCGGUGCGUGCACCUGUAUACGUAGAGAAAGCGGCGACGACCAAUCCCCGACGGGUAGCGUCGUCGGCGUAUCCGUGGGGGUUGGUAUGGGACAUCCUGUCGAAAGAUUACUCGUGGACGUACAAGGGUGGCAAGUUCGGGUUUGACUUUCGUUCCCCUGACGGCCUUGUGUUUGAGACCGAGGAAAGCGUCAUGGAGUACUUGGUCGCGACCGAUAUGGUGGGCGAAGUUGAUCGUUUGAUCAAGCUGCAUGGAGCCCCGACCCCAGACCAAAACAAGGAAAACAGCAGCUUGAACGUGCUCCUGAAUGCGACCAACGACGUAGCAUCCCACACGACCGCCAAGAAGCAAACCACCAAAACCAACCAACCAGGAGAAGAAUACGACGACUUGGUCCACCAAGUCGUGCCAACUAAGGGGCUUCGCAAGGCCAAGACCCUCCAGCCAAAGAAGCGUCUGUCGUACUCUACCCCCAAGAAGCACAACGACGGGUCCCGCCGACUCGAAGCCAAGAGCGCAAGGAACGCGCGCUUCGACGUGGUGAGCUUUGGACAAAUCGAGCGCGUGCUCAAAGAUUCGGGGUGGAAGUGGGUGUCUGGCAGCAUGGGGUACGUGUAUUGCAAGCCGCACGUGGUGGUGGGCAACAAGGGCAAGACUCUGUCGGGCAAGGAAAACGUCGAUUACUUUAGCACCAAGGAAGCGUUCGAGUGUUACGUGCGCGCCAACAACGACUUGAUGAGGGUCAUUUAUGGCGCCAUCCAUGGCACGCCCGUCCAACCAAGCCCGGACGUGUUUGACAUGUCGAGCGACGAAGAGUUGGUGACAAAGGUCCUGGUGGGUCAUACAACCAAGCCAGUCGAAGUUCAAGCACACCAACAGCGAAAGCCCAAGUCCAAGAAGGCGCCGCCGGUUGACUUCGAUGAAGAAGACAUGGUCGUGGUGCGGAAAAAGGACGCUGGAUCUUCUACACGAACCAUCAAGCCGUCGAAAUGGUUGCUGGACGAAGACCACCAUCACCACCAUGGCGUUCCCGAGUUCAAAGUCCAGUUUGCCAACGUGUACAAGAUCCUCCAGCAGAAAGGAUGGACGCAUCGCGUGGGUAUGUUUGGCUACGAUUACUAUCGCCCCAACACGACUGCCGCCAACAAAAAGCUCAAUGAAACGUUUUACCACAGCGAGGCCGACAUGGAAGCCCACCUCAAGCACACUGGCGAGUGGAACAAGAUCGCCGAUUACCUCGUUCUCCAGCACGAACGCGCUCAAGCUAGGCUGUCGUCCCCUUCGUCCAUGUCUUCGUCGUCCGACGUGGCCAGCCCUGACGGUAGCACCGCUGUGGCCAGCCCCCCUCCCGUUGGCCUGUUUUGCCGCAUGUGGCGCCGCUUGGAGGACAACGGGUGGACCAAAAUUGCCCCCAAUGACAUGGAAGGCGUGUACAUGUACAGCAGCCCCAACGGCACACGCUUCAAAAAGGAAGAGCUGCAAUUGCACGACGUCGAAGCGCUCAUCGCGGAGCACAAGAAGACGGACGUGGUGGAACUAAAUGACUCGAGCGACAGCGACGACAUGCAAAACGACGAAGGCCACCUCGACAAUGACGAUAACGGGGGCAUGUCUGAAGCCGACAAGGACCCCAUUGAUCCAGCUCACCCGUCCCCCCUCGAGACUCCUGGGUUUCGCCCUGCGGCCACCGCCGCUGCAGCGUCUGAGUCGACCUAUUUUUUAUCCCCAGAAGAAUCCACCGUGAAAACCGAUAAAGUCGUGGCCCGUAACGUGCAGCAGGACUUUACACCGUCGCCGUCGGAUGCGACGUCGUCGUCCAAGGGCGUCGAUGUCCCUCCCACCUCUCCGUCCAAGAAGCGUCUGUUUCGCGUCGAAAUGGAACGUGUACUGCACAACCUUGGCCCUGGGUUUACAACCGACGCCGCCCCCCUCCUUCACCGAGCACCGGAAUGGCAGGCCCUGGUGAACUUUGUCGACACGUGCAUCACCACUGGCCAACGAAAGAGUAUGUUUGUGUCGGGAGCUCCUGGCAGCGGCAAGUCGGCGCUCAUGAAGGCGAUGGAACAGCACGUUGCAACCGCGUGGACAGCGUGCAAGACAUCCCUUCAAGUGAUCAACCUCAACGCCAUGUCGUUGGGCGACGCGACCAGCGUGUACAAGGCCAUUGCAGCGCAAGUAACGAACAAGGAAUGUUCUACUGCCGAGCAAGCCACCGAUGCGCUGAGCUUGGCGUUCAAGUCGACGCACACGACAACGUUUUUGAUUUUGGAUGAGAUCGACGUGCUCCUGCAAGGCAAGGGCGAGCGGGACUUGUACCAGCUGUUUGAAUGGGCCCACCAUCCGUUCUCGUCGGUGAUUUUUGUGGGUAUUGCCAACUCGAUCGACUUGACUGAACGCUGCCUGCCCCUGCUGAAAAGCCACGACUGCAAACCGGUCUCGGUCGUGUUUGCCCCGUACUCGUUCGAUGCGAUCUUCGAUAUCCUCAAGCAACGUGUGGUCGUGGGGUCGCUCACGCCGAAACCCGUCGUGGAUGUCAUGGCGAUGUCGUACUUGGCACGCAAAAUGGCGUCCACGUCGGGUGACAUUCGAACCUGCCUGAGCAUUUGCAAAGCAAGCUUGUUGGCCCACCAAGCCAAUGACUGCCACGUUCCUGUCACGCUCCAGGACAUGGUGCAAGUGAUGAAGACCAACAUGAACGCGCCGACCGCGUCGCACUGGCAGUCGUUGCCUCGCAUGACCCAGCUGGUGCUCUUUGCGGCGUUGCAAAUCAAAGCCGAUCGACCGGGUGUGUACAACACUAGCGCCGCGUACGACAAAUACUGCGAACUGGUCCGACGGAGCAUGAACUUGUCCCAGCUGCUCUCCGUGGGCGAAUUCAACCAAAAGCUCGACACCCUCGCCGCGGACGGCCUCGUCGAGUUCAAGAAGGACAAGACCACGUUCAAACUGUUUGGAAGCCCCGAGCGCGCCGCAAAGUUUUUUGCUGCCGAUUCGUUCUUCAAUGCGCUUCGAUAAUCCACUUGCUGGUAUUAGUACAAGUUAACGACGACGCCUACUUAAUUAGUAUAUACUACUACUAACGUUAGUAGCUACUCCGGAGUACACAGUACAACCGGAGAUACGAUGUGUAGAAAGUAUAAGUAUAUUACGAGU